UCCUGCAUGGGAAGAGGAACAGGAGAAAAGGAGGCAAAGAAUCAGUUUAUAGGCUUGGAAGGGGACGACUUUGCUUCUCUGGAAGACAGAAGGCAAAGUCACCUGCAAGGGGGCUAAGAAGGGACAACCAAGCAACCAAACAAGGCAGCGGCUCAGGGGAGCCGGUGGUCUUGCAGCUGUGGUGCAGGGAGAAGGGGAGGAGAGAACGGUCAGCAGCCAGCCCGUGGCUCUGUCCUUGCUCCCAGUAACAGCUCUAUCAACAGCCAGGUCCUGGAUCCACGAGAGCCAACCCUGUGGGGGAGCGCAAGGGGUCCAGAUAGUGACCCUGGAGCACAGGGUCCUUCAGAGCAGGGAGCGGGCAUCACAGCCUGCAUCACCAGACAGCAGGAAGGCAGAUCUGCAUCUGUCCCCACUGGACAUAGGCUGGAUAGUCACAGGCUCCUCCCCCCUCCCCGAGAUAGAGAGAGAGAGCGAGCUUGUUAAGCUAGCUGCUAGCCUCCCUCCUGAGGUCGGGCUGGGGUUUUACCUGCAGAAUCUUCCAUGCCAGUCUCUCCGGGACACUCUCUUCCAUAGCAUCUGCAUGACGCCUUCUCAGGAAAACUGACCUCCUUGCAGAACCUGUGCAGCCAUCCACCGGAAGCCGAUCUGACUCUCACAGUAAGGUCUCCCUCAGCUUAGCAGGGUGUCUCCUGACCCUUCAAGCUUCUGCGUCUAUUUGCUCACACAAUGAAGUGACCACACUCCAUCCUGCACCUGCCAAUUCAUUUCUGGGGGCACUCUCAUCGGCUGCCCGGAACCUCUAAGCCAGGCUUGUUCUCUGGGUCCUUGAAUGGCCUGUCUUCUCCAGGGACCACAGGACCCUUUCUGCAUCGGCUGUGGUGUGCUGGCCUGUGUCACCCACCCUACAGGCUGAAGAGAGUCGGUCUGGAGGCUAGGGGCAGCCACGCGGACUCCUUGGAGGCCUUGCCGGGCAAGCAGGCUGAGGGCUGACCCAGGGAAAGCCACACCUCCCUCUGAAGCCAUGAGCUGCUCACACCCAGCACUCCGGGCCUUGAGGAAGCUUGGUCUGUGCUGGCUGCUCCUGAUCCCAGCAGCACUGGCACAGCAAGGCUCCCACACCCAUGCUGAGGACCGCCUCUUCAAACAUCUCUUUGGGGGCUACAAUCGCUGGGCGCGGCCUGUGCCCAACACGUCGGAUGUGGUGAUCGUGCGCUUCGGGCUGUCCAUCGCUCAGCUCAUCGACGUGGAUGAGAAGAACCAAAUGAUGACCACCAACGUCUGGCUAAAGCAGGAGUGGAGCGACUACAAGCUGCGCUGGAACCCCGCCGACUUCGGCAACAUCACCUCCCUCCGCGUCCCCUCGGAGAUGAUCUGGAUCCCGGACCUUGUCCUCUACAACAAUGCAGAUGGCGAGUUUGCAGUGACGCACAUGACCAAGGCCCACCUCCUCUUCACGGGCACCGUGCACUGGGUGCCCCCGGCCAUCUACAAGAGCUCCUGCAGCAUCGACGUCACCUUCUUCCCCUUCGACCAGCAAAACUGCAAGAUGAAGUUCGGCUCCUGGACCUACGACAAGGCCAAGAUUGACCUGGAGCAGAUGGAGCAGAAGGUGGACCUCAAGGACUACUGGGAGAGCGGCGAGUGGGCCAUCGUGAACGCCACCAGCACGUACCACAGCAAGAAGUACGACUGCUGCGCUGAGAUCUACCCCGACGUCACCUUCUACUUCGUCAUCCGCCGGCUGCCCCUCUUCUACACCAUCAACCUCAUCAUCCCCUGCCUGCUCAUCUCCUGCCUCACCGUGCUGGUCUUCUACCUGCCGUCCGACUGCGGAGAGAAGAUCACGCUCUGCAUCUCCGUGCUGCUCUCGCUCACCGUCUUCCUGCUGCUCAUCACCGAGAUCAUCCCGUCCACCUCGCUGGUCAUCCCGCUCAUCGGCGAGUACCUGCUCUUCACCAUGAUCUUCGUCACCCUCUCCAUCGUCAUCACCGUCUUCGUCCUCAAUGUGCACCACCGCUCCCCCAGCACCCACAGCAUGCCCCGCUGGGUGCGGGGGAUCCUUCUGGGCUGUGUGCCCCGCUGGCUGCUGAUGAGCCGGCCCCUGCCACCUGCAGAGCCCCACAGACCUCUAGGCCUAAAGCUCAGCCCCUCUUAUCACUGGCUGGAGACCAACGUGGACGCUGAGGAGAAGGAGGAGGAGGCAGAGGUGGAGGAGGGCCGGUGGGCGUGUGCUGGCCGUCCAGCCCCGACACCGGGAGCCCUAUAUGGCUGCGGGGGCUUGCACCCCAGCGCCUCGGGGCCCAAGGCCCAGCCUCUGCCCCAGGAGAGUGAGCUCCUGCUGUCCCCUCGCAUGCAGAAGGCCCUGGAAGGCGUGCACUAUAUUGCUGAUCACCUGCGCUCUGAGGAUGCCGACUCUUCGGUGAAGGAAGACUGGAAGUAUGUCGCCAUGGUCAUCGACAGGAUAUUCCUCUGGCUGUUUAUUAUCGUCUGCUUCCUGGGCACCGUUGGACUUUUUCUUCCCCCGUUCCUGGCUGGCAUGAUCUGACUCCACGUCCCUGGCGUUGGCUGCCAGGUGGCUCUGUCCAGCAGCUCCUGGCUGUCUUUCCCUCUCUUUGGGGUCAACACCAUGUGGCUGCAGGUGCUUCUCUGUGGAGCCCUCACCUGGCCUCAUCAUGGAAGACUUCUUGGAAUGCUCGACCUUGACAUUUCCGUACUGACACGGAGAGCCUGCUGGGCACCAAGCUCUGCCUUUGGGUGCUGAGAGCCAGCACAGAUGAAGGCACUGGCCCUGCAGGCAGUGAUGAUCUGGCAGUGCCAAGGUGUGCCAGAGUCAGAGACCCUGGAGGAUCAAUAAAGACGGAAGGCCCAGUGUACGGGUUGGGACCCAAGGGGGACGGAAUUUCAGACCUCAGCAGAGGGGUGCGUGUGGCAGGGGGAGGGUGCCCUGGGGGUAGAAGGGCUACCAGCAAGGUUUUGGAUUCAGGAAUGAGAACCAGCAGGGCUGAGGUGGGGCUUUCCUGUGCAAAGCAGUGGGAGGAGGCUGGCAGGGCAGCUUGGGCUGUCUUUAAGCCAGCCUCAGAAAGAAGUGAGGGUCUGAGACUGUGGGGUUUGGAGCUGUGUUGGCCAAAGGCGGGGCGAUGGGGCUCUUCAGAGAGGUGGGGGAGGAGGAAGCAGGCUACGCAGUGGGAUCCAGGGCAGGUCCUCUAGGCGGAGGGGGCAGGUGGUGAGGCCAGUCCUCCCGCCUGGAAGCACUCGCAAGCUUCUAGGCUUCCCCUCAGCUUUCUGCCUCCCCCUUCCUUGCUGUAGAAUGGCUCAGCACUGGGGAGCCCCAAGAGGUUUGGCAGAGCUGAGAGCCACCGCCUGCAGGGGCCCCACCUGUCCCUGAACACCAGUGGACCAUCUCAGAUUCGCAGCUUGUUUGGCCUGGCCUCACUCCCUCCUGGGGGGAGGGGCAUCAGCCCGCCUCACCUGAGACUUCAGGAUCUUUGGGGGCCCCUUCCAUGCCGAACUCAAGUGCAGGGCCUUAGUUCCUGCCCGCAGCACCUGGCACAGCACCCGUGCAUGGCGUCAGCCCUCCAGAUACUUGUUCUGAGUGGCUGAGGGGAGCAAGCUGGAUUGCUUGUUUGGCCCCCAGCACCCCUCUGCCCAGCCUGCCCUGACCUCGCCUACCUCUCCUGCAGGCGGAGGGGCGAGGCCUGGGGGAGAGGGGGCAGCGAGUCUUCACCAUUUUGUAACAGUUGGGUGUUGCAUUGAAGUCACUGUAGCUCCCCACCCCCACCCCCACCCCAGAGCCCCUGCCCCUGGGUGGUUCUCCAGGGUCUGUGUGCCCCCAGCCUCCUUCAGUUGAGAGCUGAUAGAAAGGCGGUAUCUAGCACAGGGACCACAGGGGAGGGGUGCCCGGGCCUCGAGGUAAAUCCCAAAGCUGCAAAUCUCAAAGCUGCAGGCCCUGCCCUCCCUCCCCUCCCCGGAGCCCUCAGCUCUCCCGUUCUUGCACCUGGGAAUGAGACACUCCGGGGACCUCGGCUGUUGGACCCAGGGAUCGGGCCUCUCCGGAGUCCUGCCAUGCCCCCAGCCAGGACCUCAGCACCUGACAGCUGUGGGCCCUGGGCUCCCCAGACAGUGCUCCCAGCAGGGCGAGCUUCUGGUUUCUGUACCCUCCUUCCAAAUCCCCACCCCUCUCCCUGACAGACACCCCGGGAAAGCUGCCUGCCCACUCUGCCUCUGGAUCCUCCCUGCUCCCUCCUCUGGGCCCUCUCUCUGGUCCAAGCCCCGAGAUUUCAGGUCUGCUCAUAGUAUUCACAUCUCCUGUCCAUCUGGCAUGUGAAUAAAGGUUUUGAAAUCCGA